AUGAGUGAGGUUGAAGUUGUGGAUACCUCGAAUUCAGGCAGUGAAGUUGGGACAGUGCCGGUCACUGGUGUGCGGGUCACCCGCACUGUAUACGACCGCGAGCUGUACCUCCUCAAUUCCGGUGGAGCCCACCCCCAAAACGUCGUCAGAUCCAUCCGUCCAGCCUUCACCCACUCAAACGACACCGUUCUCUGCACCGCGUGCAAGGAUGCUUUCAGCAAAGAGGCAGUCAAGGCCGACGACUUCCGUCGAAGGCGUCGCAAUCAGCAUCACGAGUCAUCCGAGGAUCUCGCCAAGGCAGUCGAAAAGGGAUGUUAUUUCUGUAAACGCUUUGCGCGUCACUCUGCGGAUCCGAGCAUUUCGACUGUUCUGAAAGAGGAUCUCAUUCUUCAUCCAAGACCCGAUCCCGUGAGAUUAUUCUUUGCGGGUUCUGAACAGCAUACAGGACGCGCGUGGAGAGAGGAUGAUCUGGAUGACUUGGUUUGUUUCAAUCUCCUCCAGCGUAGCCCCGAUGAGGAGCCACCUGCACGGUUGAGUCCACGUAUGGACUCGCAUGAUGCUUUCAUAACAAUGCAAAAGUGGCUCAAUGACUGCGUCCGAAACCAUCCCGAGUGCAAAGUUUUCUACAGCCAUUCGACCUGGCUACCUUCCAGGCUCAUUGAUGUUGGAGACCCAGAUAGUCACUGGUGGAAGGUCAUCACCACCGAGCAUCAUCAACUGCCUGCCAAUUAUGGAGGUUAUCUCACGCUGAGUCACCGCUGGGGCUCUUCGCCAUUCGUACAGCUCACGUCGGACACACUGCCCGCAUUCCAGAACAACACAGCUAUCAAGAGUCUUCCCAAGACCUUCCGCGAUACGAUCGCGCUGGCUCAUCACUUCAAUAUUCAUUGGAAGAAAGAGUCCUCCAGAAUGGACCACGUGUACUCCAACUCCACCUGCAACAUCGUUGCCGCACACUCCGAGGGACCCGAUGGUGGACUCUUGACAGCGAGAGACCCAUCCGUCUUGGAAUCGUUUGUUAUUUGCUCAGAGAGGACGGAUAUCCCGUCUGGCGAAUACACCCCCUGGGAUCACACGUCCAUCCUAAACGACUACAACAGAGCCCCGCUGUACAAGCGCGGUUGGGUCUUCCAAGAGCGCUUACUGCCCAAAAGAACUCUUCACUUCGGUAAAGACCAAGUCUUUUGGAAAUGUAGACGGCGCCUUGCCUGUGAGAGCUUGCCCGACGGCAUACCGGUGGCACCAGACAACGACGUGGUCGAGCGCGAGAAAGGCGUCGCCCGAAUACGCAGAACGCGCCCCCAAGAGGAAGAGGAUUCGCCAGAGGAUGAAGAAACGUUCGCAACUGUCUGGGAGCACCUGGUUGAGGAGUACUCGGGCUUUAGCUUGACCUACGAAAAGGACAAGCUCGCGGGCUUGAAUGGAAUGACCGGCAUCUUUUCUAAUGCCUCCUUGAGUCGAUACAUUUCCGGUAUCUGGAACACACACAUCGCCCGACAAAUAUGCUGGAGCUUGAACCCUGCGGCGGAAAAGAAGCCCCGACCUGCUCAUCCCGCCCCAUCUUGGUCGUGGGCUUCCGUGCAAGGCAAGGUCUCGUUCAAGGCCAUCGUGAACAGCGACGAGGGCAUCUUACAUCUCGCGCGUCAUUUCUACCAUAGCGCCCAUAGCGAUGCUCCCGCAGGACGCCGCAUACCACUCGGAGGCUAUAUCAGCAUGAGCGGCAGCGUUUAUACUCUCAAAGUGUCAGACAUGUCCAACGACGGGGUUUCGCUGAGUCUUGAUGGAAGGUCGGAGCGACUGGACUACAACCCUUUCGUCUUUGACUUUUAUCGGAAGGAUUUACUCCCCGUGGAGGUGGUCAUCUUACCAAUCAUGUGUACCAGGGAACCUCCCGUCAACGCAGAGGGCGUCGAGAUUGCCGGUUUGAUAUUGCAUCCUUUGGGCUACAUCAUCGACGACUGCGGGAACAUGGCACUUCGAGGAUCCUACAGAUAUUGCGACUUCAUUGUAGCUGAAAUCGAGCCCAUAGUGCUCUAG